UUUGAAUUUAUUGCAACCCGAUUUGACGGUUGGCAAUUCAAUGUCCAUAGACAAAUAUAUAAAAAGCGAAAUUACUUUUGAGGAGGAACAAAUAACGGAGACUUCAUUCAUGGAUCUUCCAAUGGAACAGAUUUGUCAAGUAGAAUUCGAGACAGUUUUGGACACCAGCGGGGAAUGCUGUAGAAGUCUCAAUAAUAACGUUGGUGAAAUGUGUGCACUUCAAAAAGAUCCUGAACCAUAUCCAUAUAUUGAUUUGGAAUUUUCGGAUGCCUUAAAUGAUCAUAACUAUACAUCUCAAGAAGUGCUCCUAGCACAACCUAGUUUGGAUAGUGUUAAAGACGUACUCUUGAGUUACAUGAUAAUCAAUAGAUCAACUGUUGAAACAGUCCCAGAAAAUGUCACAGCUUUUAUAGACAAUACAAUUGAUAAAAUGAAACAGUUUCAAUUGAAAAACGCAGAUAAAAAAGCUGAUGAGAAAUCUUCUAUUGAUGGUUUCACUCGGAGCAACAAUGCGACUCUUUCAGAAAACUGCUCGGAGCCUUUGGAAGUUGAGGGUAAUGAUGAAUAUUUUGAAAGCCUUUAUGAACACAUUACUGAAAAUCAAAGUGUGGCAAAUAAUGUUUUCAAGAAUACAAUUGAUUUUGUAAAGGAUUUCUAUAAUGAAUGCAAAUCAUUUUCAUCCAAAGCGGAAGAGGAUUUUAAAGAUUAUAUAUUUGAAAAAAUUAAAAAACUUAAGAUAGUUGCCAAUAUUAUAAAAACAACUGAUCAAUCUACUCAAACGUUUUCGAAAGGUUUGUUAAAGAAAAGACUUCGAAUUAAUUAUAACGCAAAAAAGUAUCUGUUAGAUACAUCCGCUACAUCGACCACAGAAAGUGAGUGUGAUAUUAUGGAUGAUUUUAAGGAAAACGAAAGUGCAAAAGAUCGAAACUUUUUGGCUAAGACUUUUGAAUACAGCGACGGUAUUGAUCUUAGAAAAUAUAUUAAUUUAGAUUUUAACAAAAGUAGUUUUUGGCAAUCUUGUGAUUUUGAUAAUGACAACACAAAUUCAUGUUCUUCCGAAAAUGGUACGGAUAAAGAAAUAGAAAGGCUUACCAAUUUAAAUGGACUUAAAAAGCGACAUGUGCAAAACAGGGGAGCCAAAUCCAAUGAUAAAAUCAAUCAAAAACUUGUAGGUACUAAAAAUGCAACUCCGCCUACUGAAAUGGAUGAUGAUAUGGAGAUGUAUGAUACUGAACACAGUUUCAAAGAAAGUGAUGAUGAGAUUAUAACGGAGAACCAAUACCUUUUACGAUUUAACGAACAAGUUAAACAACAAUUAUUAAAUGAGUCAAACAGUGAUGAUUCUGGUCUUUCGGAUCAAAGCGAAUACAAUCUCUCGAAAGAAUCGUCUACGGAAGAUGAAUAUAAUACAGAUGUAGUAGACAAAUUUCUGCAAGUUUUUGAAAGUGAACCAGAUAAUAUGAAUAGGGACGUAAAAAUUAACGAAAUUAAAGAAAGUAAAGUGGAAUCUGAGAAGAAAGAGACUGAUAGUUCUGAAGUUUGCGAUGAACUAUGGAAUGAUAACUUUAUUCACAAAAACAAACCCAAAAAAUCAUUGGAGAAACUUUUAUCUGAAGCGGAAAAACGUAAUCAAAAUGAGGAAAUUGUGCUGAGUUCAGAGAGUGAUUAUUCUGAUGCGGAGCCAGAACCAGUUGAAGAAAAGACGAGAUUUAUUAAGCCAAUGCUUCGUAUGGAUCAGUUGGCUAAUGAAACAAGAGCUGCUCAAAAAUCAGAAAGUGAAAGAAUACGAAGACUGGAAAAAAAACAUGUGAUGUUAUCUAAAGCUAUAAAAAAUAAAUUAGGAAAUUCAAAAACAGGUGAUUUAAUACUGGAUUACAUGGAAAACACAAAAACAUUUAUAAAGGUCGAUGAUGACAUCGUGAAACAAUUAAAGCCUCACCAAAUUGAUGGAGUUAAGUUCAUGUAUGAUUCAUGCUAUGGAGGAAUUGAUCACUCUAAAAAGAACUCUGGCUCGGGAUGCAUAUUGGCUCAUUGCAUGGGCUUGGGGAAAACAUUGCAGUUAAUAGCUUUACUACACACCGUUAUUUCAUACAAAGAACUAAACACAACAAAAAUCCUAGUUCUCUGUCCAAAGAGCACGGUUAUGAAUUGGGCUGAUGAGCUGCAACGCUGGUUGGGGCCACUGAAAAGUAGUACUCAUAUAAAAGUUUUCGUUUUUCCGGAUUCAUCGGACAUUUCAGAUAAAUUACGUGUAUUAGAGGAGUGGUCCUUAUCAUCGGCCAAACGUGCUGGUUGCCUUUUGGUGGGAUAUGAGGCUUUUCGGACUCUGGUGUUUUAUCACAAAUAUAAAAACCGAGGAAAUUUGAGUUCUACAAAAUUGGAGAGUAUUCGAGAAAAAGUAAACAAAUAUUUACUACAACCUGGUGCGGAUCUUGUCGUUUGUGAUGAAGGUCAUAUAAUAAAAAACAGCAAGUCCGCUAUAAGUCUAGCUGUUGCAAAAAUUAUAACCCCAAAACGAAUUAUUUUAACCGGAACUCCAAUUCAAAAUAAUUUAAAAGAAUAUUACAGUAUGGUUAACUUUAUAAAGCCAUUAUACCUCGGUACAGAAAAGGAAUUUGCUAAUUUAUAUGCUAAUCCAAUAAAGAAUGGACAACAUAAGGAUUCAAGUAAAAAGGAUAUUACAGUUAUGAAGCAAAGAUCGUAUGUCUUACACAAAAAACUAUCCAAAUUUGUACAGAGAAAGGAAGCUGAACUGCUAAAGACCUUUUUACCACAAAAAUUUGAAUAUGUGCUUUUUAUUCCAAUGACUGCGGUUCAAAACACUCUAUAUGAAUUUAUUUUGGAAGCUAUAGCCAGCCGUGGAGAUAGUAGAGGAAAAAGUCUCAUCACAGAUUACACUGUUUUAAGGAAGAUAUGGACACAUCCCAAGGUCCUCGAAGAUGCGUGGAAAAAUGCUAACGCUCAGAAAAAUAAAAAAGAUAACAAAAAGCAUGGAUGUCCGCAUUCUGACGACGAUCAGCCAGAUGAUAUUUAUGAUAGUCAAACUGGUGUGAUUUCCGUGACUAAUGAUUGGUGGCGAAAAUAUCUUUCAAAAAGGGAUCUGGAAACCAUUAUGCCAAGCAAUAAACUUCGAACAAUGUUUUCAAUUCUUCGUAUGUGCGAAGAAAAAGGAGAGAAAUGCCUAAUUUUCUCGGCGUUUGUUGCAGUACUUAAUGUGGUUGAAUAUUUUUUUAAAAAGAUAACGGAAUCGGAUACUGAAAUAUUACAACACAUUCAUAUUCCAAGUAGCUAUAAAGUUUCAAAUACUUGGAUUAAUGGUCAAGAUUAUUAUAGGCUAGAUGGAAAAACGCCGAAAAACAUUAGACACGAAAUGAUAAAACGUUUUAACAGUGAAGCCAACAGACGAGCUCGAGUUUUCCUGAUAUCUGCCAAAGCAGGAGGCCAGGGAAUAAAUCUAACUGGUGCAAAUAGAGUUAUAAUAUUGGACACUUCAUGGAAUCCUUCUAAUGAUCAGCAAAAUAUUUUUCGCAUAUUUCGACUGGGCCAGAAAAAAAACUGUUAUAUAUACCGUCUACUAGCAAUGGGAACGAUGGAAGAAAAAGUCUACUCACGAUCGGUCACAAAGCAAGCAAUGAGCUUUCGAGUUGUUGAUGAGCAGCAAAUUGAUAGACAUUACAACAUGGCAGAAUUGGCUGAACUUUACACGUUAACUGUCCCCAAACAAUGUGAAAGGACAAUGCCUGUAUUACCAAAAGAUACCAUACUAGCACAUCUUUUACGGCAAUCGGAGUUGGUUUAUAAAUAUCAUGAACACGACAGUCUUUUAGAGAAUAAAGUGGAACAAGAACUAAGUGAGCAGGAAAAAGCUGAUGCUUGGGAUACAUAUGAAAAAGAAUUACAAAUGAAUUUGGCUCAACAGGAAGGAUUUAAUGCCGAUAAGACUCAAAAUUCUAUUCACCCCGCAAAACUGGCGUCAUAUUUGGGCUCUGUUCCGAGUCUUGAUAUGCAAACUCUAUUAAGUUAUAGUCUACAAUCUGCGUCACUUAUGCCACCGUACAGUUAUGGAUUAAAUCAAAACUAUAUAGAUACUUUAAGUUUGUAUCAAAAGUAUACAUCUCUGCGUUACCCGGAUAUGAACUCAUGCAUUGAAAAUAACUUUGCUCCAUCCCCUUUUAAUGUGCUUAGUACGCCAGGUCUUAAUCGUUUGCCAUCAAAUCCCUCAAUUUUGUCACAUAUGCAAAAUCUUACAAAUUCUAAACCACAGGGUAGAGACUCAAAUUUAUUUGAUACACAAAAAGGUCGAAGUAGCUCCAUGAAUCAUUCACAAUUUCACCAUCCGAUCCCUCCAGAAACAACGUCACUGGAGAACUCAUCAGUAAAUUCCAACUCUAAUAAUGUUCUUGCAAGUUUAGGUCCUUAUAAGCAAUUACUUGAAAACCCGCUAUCAGGUCUAUUAAACUAUGUUCCCCAGGGCUACUCUUCAUCCCUUCCACCUGAAAACCUACAUUCAAAUUUAAAGGGUGGUUUUCAUAAUUUUCCCACUUUGCUUUAUCCAGACAAAACUCUAGAUGAAGUCGAAAGUAUGAGUAUAAAAGAAAAAACAACUAAAUCAAAGCAACCGGUUGAUCAUAAUAUUGUCAGCUCAGUCGAUCUUACAUCGGCAGCUAGUGUGCCGGUCAGUAGCUCACUCUCAAAGACUUCAGUGAAUUCAAAAAAACUGCAAACGCUCGCCACAAGUUCAGUUGAUAAUACCAAGUCAACGCUUGGCAGUGACUCGAUCACAGCCGUUGCAGCGAAAAAUACCGCGUCAUCUUUGAAAGGCGGUAUGAAUUUUUCAUCAACAUAUCCCAGUGGCGCUAGUUCAUCCAUUUCAAAAGAUUAUUUAAAAAGGAACUCUGAAAUGCAGAUAAUACCAACAACAAGUCCUCCUGGUACAAGUAGUAUUACAAAGCAGUUAAAUGAAAUAUCUCCCAGCAUAUCUCUUACAGCAGUUAACUCAUUAACAGAGAAAACGAAAUCUCGCCGGCAGACCUUGCAAAAGAGUUCUUCUAACUUAACUGUCGAUAAUAAGCAAAAUACAAAUCUUUACAAAUCGAAGAAUACUUUACAUCAGAAUAUAUCACCAUUAUCAAAUGCUUCGUUGUCUGCAGUUAGCGAUGCUACCACAGACUACAAAACAUUAAUCAACAGGAAUAGCGCGGAAUUAAUUUUAAAUAAUUCCAAGUCGUUGACGACAGUGAAUAACAAAAUUUUGCCCGAAUCAUUCUAUAAAAGCAAGACCAUAAACACAACGCAUAAUACAUUAAACACUAGUUUACCUACAAAUUUUGUUAAGCAGGGUGAAGGCUCAAGCGACGGUCGAUUUCUCACUAGUGACCUAUGUUCAAUGGCAACAGAUGUACAUUCACCAGGAGAAAAGUCAAGCAGCCCUUCGAGAAAGAGGUCUACUGAAAGUCCAAGAGAAAAUCUAAAUAGUAAACGGACUAAGCUCUAAUAUAGUAUUUUAUAUUUUAUUAUCUAUAAAAUUAGAAUACAUAUAAAUAUUGCUUUG